AUGCGCAUCGUAACCACUUUCUUCUGUCAUGACCAUAUCUCAACUCGCUCUGAGUGCUCAGGACUCGAGAUUACAGAAUCCACGGAGAACACCCCAAGGAACCAACGAACGAACUCUCGGAGCUCUCACAACUACCUAGUCUCCUCUAUCUCGGAAACAGAAAAGGCUCGAGGCCGAAUUAAAGAUGUCGUCCAUGCGUGGAUUGGUUCAGAGCUUGCAAAUAUACGACAAAAGUUCAAAGAUGGCAACCUAAAUGGGUACCACAAGAAAAAAUAUGUUUGCAAACUUCUUUAUAUCUACAUCCUUGGCUGGAACGUCGACUUUGGCCACCUCGAAGCCGUCAACCUCAUUUCCGCCACAAAAUACUCCGAAAAACAAAUAGGUUAUCUCGCUGUAACGCUCUUCCUCAACGAAAAACACGACUUUCUCCACCUCGUCGUCAACUCCAUCAAAAAGGAUCUUCUCGACCAUAACGAACUUAACAAUUGUCUCGCGCUACACGCAAUUGCAAAUGUCGGCGGACGGGAAAUGGGCGAGGCCCUUAGUCCUGAUGUGCACCGGCUGUUGAUCUCGCCAGCAUCCAAGUCGUUCGUGAAGAAGAAGGCGGCAUUGACGUUGUUGAGGUUGUACAGGAAGUACCCAGGAAUCAUCCAAAAUGAGUGGGCGGAGAGAAUAAUCUCACUCAUGGAUGAUCCAGACUUGGGGGUAGCACUAUCGGUCACUUCAUUAGUCAUGGCGCUAGUACAAGAUAAUCCGGAGGCAUUUAAGGGAAGUUAUAUCAAGGCUGCUCACAGACUUAAGAGGGUAGUUGUGGACAAUGAGUACACGCAAGAUUACAUCUAUUAUAAGGUUCCAUGCCCAUGGAUCCAAGUCAAACUUCUACGGCUCCUGCAAUAUUAUCCACCCUCUGAGGACGUAAAUGUUCAAAACAUGAUUCGUGAGUCCCUCCAGCGCAUUCUGGAUUCAGCUUCCGACGCACCUAAAAAUGUACAACAAAACAAUGCCCAAAAUGCAGUUCUUUUUGAGGCCAUCAAUCUCGCAAUUCAUCUCGACUCCGAAACUGGGUUAAUGACUCAAAUCGCUGUUCGACUUGGCCGUUUCAUUGUUUCUAAAGAAACAAACGUCCGCUACCUCGGCCUAGAGGCAAUGACACAUUUAGCAGCUCGCUCUGAAACACUCGAACCGAUUAAGAAGCAUCAAGCAACUAUUAUAGCUUCGCUUCGUGACCGUGAUAUUUCUGUCAGGAGGAAAGCGCUGGAUUUAUUGUAUAGCAUGUGUGACACGACCAACGCACAACAGAUCGUUACCGAGCUGUUGAAAUAUCUCCAAAGUGCAGACUUUGCAAUUAGGGAGGAGAUGGUCUUGAAAAUUGCGAUCUUGACAGAGAAAUAUGCGACUGAGUUUCAGUGGUAUGUGGAUAUAUCACUGCGCCUCAUCAGUAUGGCGGGUGAUCAUGUCAGCGACGAGGUGUGGCAGCGUGUGAUCCAGAUUGUCACGAACAACGAAGAGCUACAGGUUUAUGCUGCGCAAAACAUAUUACAGCAUGUUAAGGGGAUGCAAUGCCACGAGACAUUGGUGAAAAUAGGAGGAUACUUACUAGGAGAAUUUGGGCAUCUGAUUGCAGAUAUGCAGGGGUGUAGCCCCAUUGAGCAGUUCAUGGCUCUUCAGUCCAAAUUCAAUGGAUGUUCCUCCGCGACAAGAGCGAUACUGCUAAGCUCAUACGUCAAAUUUGUGAAUCUAUUUCCUGAGAUUAAACCGCAGUUGCUACAGGUAUUUCAUGUAUACUCGCACACACUCGAUCCCGAGCUGCAACAGCGGGCAUGUGAAUAUCUCGCCCUCACAUCUCUUCCAACUGACGAUCUUCUCCGAACUGUUUGUGACGAAAUGCCACCAUUUCCCGAACGCACCUCAGCACUUCUUUCAAGGCUGCACCAGAAACAUGCAGGCACGAGUGAUAAACGAACAUGGGUUAUUGGUGGUAAAGACGCAAAUACAGAUAAGGAAUUUCAGCUCACGCUCAAUACGGGUCUGAAACGUUCUUUUACCAACGCUGGGAAUGGUACACCCACUACUGCAAAAAGCGCAGGGCUUGAUAGUAUACCUGCCCUUACACCCACACAGGAGCUUGCUGGGUUGAACUUAAACGGUGACAGCACCACUGCCGCAAAGAAGGAGACGCUAAACCUCGCAUCUCCAACGCAUCUUAGCCCUGACUGGAGCAUUGGUUACAACCGCCUCCUAAUCCGCUCAGAGGGUGUCCUCUAUGAGGACGUUCAAAUCCAAAUCGGUCUCAGGAGCGAAUACAGAGGCCACAUGGGUUGCAUCAUCCUCUACUAUACCAACAAGUCUCCUGUUGCCAUUGGUUCUUUCACCACCACUGUCAAUAACAAUGCCCCAGGGCAGCUGUCUUUGAAGUGUCAAAAUAUACCGGACACUAUAGUGCAGCCUGAAGGCCAAACACAGCAAACUAUUAUGCUCGAAGCAACUACUCUAUUCAGCGAAGCACCAACUAUUAGGAUCUCCUACCUUGCCGGUGCGCUCCAGGGACUAACGCUUAAGUUGCCGGUGGUGCCGAGUAAGUUUAUGGAGCCAGCAGCACUGAGUGGUGAAGAUUUCUUCAAACGGUGGAAGCAAAUUGGGGGCGCGCCGAGAGAGGCACAGAAGGUAUUUGGAAUUAGUGUCAAGGGCAAUGUGAUUGAUGUUGCUAGGACGAAGAAGGUGGUAGAGGGCUUCAAGUGGGGGGUUAUGGAUGGCGUAGAUCCAAAUGCAAAGAACGUGGUGGGCGCAAGUGUGCUGCAUACCGCCGGUGGGAAGUUUGGAUGUUUGUUAAGGCUAGAACCAAAUUUAGAAACGAAGAUGUAUAGGAUCACAAUUAGGGCAACAGACGAGAAAGCCCCACCAAUGCUAUUGAAAAUCAUGGAAGAACGACUUGCACUGGCGUCACCGCCAUCAGAUUUUGGAAAAAGAUAA